AUGGCUGUCACCACCUCCGCUCCGAGGAGCGUCUCGGACGCCACCCGCUUCACCCAGAACACGCCCCAUGCCACCUCGAAGCCCUCGGCAAGCUCCUCCCCGGCCCAGAAUGCCUCCAGAUUCCCCCCAGCCUCCGGAUCACGAUCCUCUCCGCCGGCCGGGGGCGGCUCCGCACCGCCGAGAGAGACCCCCGAGCAGCGUGUUGCACGUCUACGAGCAGCUCACCUGGCAGCCAAGCAGGCCGAGGUGUCCAGGUUCGACCGGGUCGUCUCUGGGUCCCGGAGGUUCUUCGACUCCGCGCACAAGUUCACCGUCGUAUCUCUGCUGGGUUUCACAGCAAUCGCCGGCCUCCUAACCGUCUACACGACCGUCGACAUGCUGCGCUACAACCGGAAGCGGAAGUCCGAGUUCGUGGAGGCGCAGCGGCAGAUGAGCGCCGACAGCCUCGAGGCGGCACGCCUCGCGUACAUGCGCGGCGACGCCACGGACGAGCAGAUCGCGCUGGUGGAGGAGGCCAACGCGCGGGCCGGCGGCGCCGGCAGCUUCUUCAAGGCACCCAGCAUACUCGGCGCGCCCAAGGCCGUCGACCGGUCGUCGGGAGGCGAGGGCGAAGCGAGCAGCGGGAAGCUGAACACGGGCGCGACGUGGCCGGGCGCGGCGACGGCGGCGGACGGGGCCAAGACGGCCACGGGCCUGAAGGCGUGGCUGUUCUCGAGCUUGAAGAAGGAGGAGGAGGGCGAGGACGUCGGCACGGGCGAGCGCCGCCUGGGCUGGGAGUCCCUUAGCGAGGAGGACGACGGCACCGGCGUGCGGGACAGCGACCUUGUCCGCGCGAUCGAGGAGAAGCAGGCAUACAUCAAGUCCAAGGCCGCGCAGGCCUUCGAGAAGGAGAAGCAAAACCAGCGGAAGGGAGGCCCUCUUGAUCGAGUAGGCGUGGAGCCACCUGCUGCCGCUUCUGCCGAUGAACCGUCGAAGAAGAAGGGCUGGUGGUGGUAA